GCUGCGGCGACAGUAAUAGCUGACUUCCGGUAAUAUCAUCAUUCGGUAAAAAUGGCUUCGACUCUCGUGUCUUUCCCUCACAAAUCUGGAUUUGUCUUUGAAAAUUGUCGUCGGAAUGCUGCUUUAACUAAUAAUGGAAUUACUCUGCCCCAUGUCUACAAAACUGGAACUACAAUAGCUGGAGUUAUCUUUAAGGAUGGUGUAGUUCUUGGAGCAGAUACAAGAGCUACUGAAGACACUAUUGUAGCUGACAAAAACUGUGCAAAGAUCCAUUAUAUGGCUGACAACAUUUAUUGUUGUGGUGCUGGUACAGCUGCCGAUACUGAGAUGACCACCCAGUUGAUAGCAUCUCAGCUAGAACUACAUAAACUCAACACUGGCCGUAUUCCAAGAGUGUGUACAGCUAACCGUCUCUUGAAGCAGAUGUUGUUCAGAUAUCAUGGAAUGAUCAGUGCCGCUUUAGUUCUUGGUGGUGUUGAUCACACUGGACCCCAUCUUUAUAGUAUUUGGCCACAUGGUUCCACAGACAAACUACCUUUUACUACCAUGGGAUCUGGAAGUCUUGCUGCGAUGUCAGUGUUUGAAGAAAGAUUCAAGACGAAUAUGACCUGUGAUGAAGCGAAGAGAUUAGUGCAAGAUGCUAUUACUGCAGGUAUCUUCAAUGAUCUUGGUUCCGGUAGUAAUGUUGAUCUGUGUGUCAUCACUAAAGAUAAAGUUGAUUAUCUCCGCCCGUAUGACCAGUGCAACAAGAAGGGUCAAAGGUCUGGAAAUUAUAAAUAUAACCGAGGCACUACAGCUAUUCAAUCUUCCAGUACCUGUAAGAUUCCGAUUGUGGUUUUGAAGAAGAAAGUUACUGGUGAAGAAAUGGACACAUCUUAAAUAUUUCUCUUGUAUAUUUGCCACCUUCAUUAUUGAAACCUCUCAUGUUUAAUUUAGAUCAAUUCAAUAAAACAUUAAAUUUCUUCUGAUUUC